AUGGACAUUUUGGUUAAGCAAAAGAGAGUGAGCUUUUCAAGCCCAGAAAUAGAGAAGCAGGAAGAGAUCCAUGGCACUUGGGAUAGUACCUUUGAUGAAGCAUUUUCUGGUCAAGAUCCAUUAAGGUUUCUGUCAAUUACUUUGGCUAAAGCAGAUUCAGACAUUGAGUUUGGAACUGCUGUUGGAGCAGCUGCUGUUGCCAUUCAUUCAGUUGAAGAAGCUGAUUUUGCAACUCAGAUGAAGAUGAGAGAGGACCUUGAACCCUCAAGAACUAAGCUCACAAUUGGCCAGCCAAGUUCUGAUAAACUUUUGAUAAAUAACUCAAUGGAGCAGAAGGAGGCACUGGAGAGGGCUUUCCCAACUAGGCUUCCAAGUCAUACAUCCUCCUUGAGACCAAUAUCCUCAGCUGAUGGAUACCAGCCCCAGUCGGAAAGCUCAUCACGAGAGGAUUUUGUGAGAACCAAAGCAGAUGCUUGGGAGAGAGCUAAGAUGGGAAAGAUUAGGAAGCGUCAAGAUAUUGGAUUCUUGACUCCCGAACUGUUGAAAUUGAAGGGUGAAUCAGAGCAGAAAAGGGCUUCAAACCUACAUCACUACCAAAGCAAGAUAGAAAGGAUAAAUCAGAUAGCAGGAGUAGCAAGAGGAGAGGUGGAAGAGAAAAGGAGAAAUGAAGAGAAUGGGGUGAGAGAAAAGGCGGAGAAGAUCAGGCAGGAAACUGUAUGA